UAACAAAACCAUUUCAAGCUUCUUACUUGAUAGUCAGUGUCUUAAGAUUAAAGUUCAAAACAUUUCAAGUCGAAAAAAAAAUAUAAGAAAAUGUGGGGCUGAUAGAAAGGAGCAAUCGAACCAUCAAGCUACAGACAUGAACCAACGACAAAGAUUUGCAGAUUGUUUCAACUCCCACUCCAUCUAAUUUUAGACAUUCUCUCAAGGCUUCCCAUCAAUUCCCUUCUCCAUUGCAGGUGAGUUUGAAAGAGAUUCAUCUCUUUCAUUUCUGAUCCUGAAUUUGCAUGGCUCCACCUUCAACAUCACCGCUCUACAUUUUAAUCAACACUAUGCCACCCCAAAAAUCUUGAAAGAGGCUCCACUUAUCCCACAUUGAUUUCGACGAUGCACGUUUCCAGGUCUUCAAACUCAAAUUUACACUCAAAUCUAAUGUACCGACUUAGAAUAUUUCUGAUAUGAGUGCUUGCAAUGGUUUGCUUUGUUUAGUUGGACCCAAAAAAAGAUGACCCUUUCUAUGUGUGUAACCCAAUUUUGGGUGAAUUUAUCACUAUUUAACCUAAUUAUAAGGAUAGGUGUAUGAGUCGUUUUUGGGGGUUUCGUUAUUCAACUGCCACAAAUCAAUACAAACUUUUGCAAAGCUAUUAUCCUACACUUGAAUUGAAUUACCCAAUGGCUGAAAUAUACACCAUUGGGAGUGGUACAUGGAGAAGCAUAGGAAAUACACCUACUGGCUCUGUUUCUUUACCUUUCAAUGCUUUCUUGAAUGGAGCCCUUCACUGGUCGAAAUCUUCUCUUGGUGGUGAAUUCAUAAAUUCUUUUGACUUUGAUACUGAGCGGUUUGGGAUAGUUCCACCCCCUGAUCAUUUUCAAGAAUUGGAUAAAGAAUCUGGAGACACAACGACUGGAGUGCUAGGAGGUUGUCUGUUUAUAAUUCACCUCGCGAUUUCGGAGCUAUUUGAGAUUUGGGUUGUGGAGUAUGGUGUCAAGGAGUCUAGGACCAAACAGUUUGUUGUUCAAUUUGCUGUACCCAUAGGGAUUUGGCUACGAUUCCUAUCAACCAACGGUUGUUUUGAGUAAUGGAGAAAUAUUGAUGUUGUACAAUGAGGUAAUAGUUGUAACCAAUUCGUAUCUACCAAAGGCUCUUUUGAGCAGUGGACAAAUAUUGUAUUUGACCAAGAAGGUAAUAGAUUUUAACAACCAGAAAGUUAAACGUCUUGAAGAAACUAGAUUAAGCCAGACUCGCGCACGUUUCAAUGCAAUCGCUUAUACCCGGUGCUUUAUUUCUCUCUAUAAUGUUGCAAAAGGAGAGCGAAUUUCCAGGAUGCAAAGCACCAGAGUCUAUGACAAGAUCUGUCAACAAGAGUUCCAAGACUGUACUGGUUGUGGAGAUCAGGCUAGUUUUCCUGUUUUUGGGGUUCCCCAUGGAGCUGUAAAUUACCAUGCAGAGUUAUAUGAAAUAAGCUCGGAGAUAUGAUGCGCAGCUUGUCAUGCAACCGGUAGCCAAGCUGUUCCUUAGAAAUUAUUUCUGACUUUGCGGAGCCUAUGAAGUCAUUCAGAUGUUAUGCUUUUGUUGCUUGUAAUCAAACAUCUUCAUGUUGAAUCAGCUUAAGAUCAGCAAGCUAAUUGGUAGAUUUAUCAGUCUUAGGCGUCCAUGUAAACUGAGACUGGUGCAUUUGGUGCAUUACUUUGUCAUUUUAGUAAUAUUUGAGGCCAAUUAAAGGAAAAA